UUAAAGUUAGGCUAAGGGUAGGAGUUAGGGUAUGGGCGUCGCAACGAUUCCGUAUAGCACCAACACUCUGAUUAGCUCAGGAAAUGUGUCUUUACUGGCCGGUGAGGUUAGUAUUCUAAUCGUCCCUUAGCAACUCGUCUCUAACAAGAUACAACACAGGCAGAGAAAACAGCAUUGCUGGAGUGGAAAAUGGAAUAUGGAUUCAAUCAAGAGGAGCGUGUAUUUUCCGCGAAGAAGAUCCAGAAAUACUGGAGGUCUCACCAAGACAAAAGACUUUUCCAGCUGAUGUCGCUCACUGUUCGUGCUGCUGAGCACUGUCUUGCACCUGCUAUUCUCCGCCAACUCAGCCCCAGAGAAGCUGAUCUGGUCAGAGAUCCAAGCAUGCACUGCAAGGUCAGAUUCAGAUUUUCAGGUUCCCAGUUUCCUCCAGUGAUUGUCUUCAAGAUCUUCCACCUUGGAGGAGGAAGACAAUAUAUUUCUGGGAAAAGAGUGUUCCGACCAUCUAAUCAGGCCACAACAGACACCUGCAGGAUGAUGGGAAAUAGGAUAUUCAUCAAUCACAUUAUUGCUGAUGAGAUCCAGAGGCAAGGGAGAAUGAUUUCUGACACGUCUUAUAUCAGCUGUAUGAGGGACUUUAUGCAGUACUCAAGUCACCUUGACGAGCUACCUGCAUACCUUGGAGGGCGAGAGAACACUUGGAGGUCUCUCUCUCUUCAAGGACUGUCACGAAACAUCCUACAGUGGGAUAGCUUGGAGGUGGGCGGGAAGGGCACUGUGGCAGACAGGCUAAGGCAAGAGCUGCUGCUGUUAGCGCCUCAAAUUCCUUGCCCUCUGAUUGGAGGAGCAAUCCCACCUCGGAUGCUCAGGUCUCCUGCUGCUCCCCCUUCUUCUGUGGUUUCUACAGCACGCCAUGCCUCACAAACUGCCACUAGCUCCACCCCCCUCCCCUCAACUCGUCGCUCUGCCCGUGCACGCACCACAGCUGCCCGCAUGAGACAUCUCUAUAUCCUUGGGGGUACACCAAAGGAUGAGAGUAAUGAAACAACAGAGAAAAAACACAACCCAGAAAGAGGAGAGCAAGAGAAAGACAUGGAAGGAAGUGUAAAGCCCGAAGCACCCCAGAUAGGUUGGCCAUUGGGAUUGGAGGAAGACUCCAGUGAGGAUUCCCUCUCGGAUUCUGAGUGGGAAGAGGAAGCAGAGAAACUCUGCUUGUGGACAAGACAGCUUGCUCUGGAUGAUAUGGACAAUGUGCCAUCCACCUGAACUAGAACUUCAACUUGAGCAAGACUAACCCUAACCCUAACCCAAAAAACAUUUUCCACUCCUAUGGCUGUUUAUUUUCUCUUCUCUUGCUUUGCACACAAAUAUAAUAAAAAUGCUUGUGUAAAUUACAGUGUAUUAGCCUACAGCUGUGACUGGGUAUUCUACUGCCUCAACCUAAGGCCUGGGCUUUCAUGUUACAGGUGGUAGAGCAGUAGCCUCGAUAAGACUGGAAGACUGCGCCAUAAAACUAAGAUCAAGCCUGUCAGCUGUUCUCUCUCCCGCUACAUUUGUGGCAGUGGUGGGAUUAUUAUGGUGGCAUCACAGGUGCUGGAGAAGUACGUGUCACCUGCUAGCAGUGGGGCUUUGUGCAUGUGUAACCGGUUCUGUACCGGUACCUUUUUGCGUUGUGUUCUGGUGAGGUGUAGGUGGAAGGGAAGAGAAGGCUCUGGACAUAAUUCUGCCGGUUGUCUCUAUUUUAAUGACUGCAUGGAAUGGAUACAAAUAGAAGGCAAACGUUUAUGCUGCCGUCUGGACUUAGGCUGGACAAUAGAAAGAGUCAAAAUUCACCCAAGGCUGACAAAUGGCAAAAUAACGUUGGCUAAACUGGAACACUAGCGCGAGCCCAUAGCAAAUAAAUGGAAUUGAAGUUCGCAGAGCCUCUGACUGGAGUGACGCUUAGAAUUCCAUUUCGCCUAAAUGGCACCAAAAUUUUUUGCCCUUUUUAUUUUACCACUACAAUCUGUUAUUAGGACGAAACUGAAAAAUAACUAAUGUAGAAAGGAAACAUCCGCACCUCGAUGGUGCCAAGUCAGGGAUGCAAACUGGUGAGGGCCCAAAAAGGUGACACUUGCAAAAAAAAUCCCUGCUAGGGGGAAAUGCAGGUUUUAACUAAUUAUACAACAAAGAAUAUGAUCUACAUGAUCAGUCUAUUGUGUAAAUUAAAAAGUGGUUAAUGUGAACCUAACUCACAGCUAAAAAAUGUAAAGAAAGCAACCCGGUGUUAUUUGUUUCCUAGACUUACCUGCAAAUGACACUCAAGUCUUGAGAAAAAACAAUACACUAAUAUUGCAGUUACCCAUGACAGCCUUUAUAAUAGAAUGCUUGUGACCAUACACAUCUAAAUAUUGUACUUGGGAAAAAAACCAAAACAUUUUAAAGUAGAAACAAACAGGCUGUCACACCCUGACCUUAGUAUUCUUUGUUUUCUUUAGGUCAGGGUGUGACAUGGGGGAUAUGUGUGUUUUUGUCUCAUUCUCGGGUGUUUGUUACUGUCUAGGUUUUUUGUUGUUGUAGAUUUAUGGGGUUGUUUUCAUCUCGGUGUUUAUGUUGGUCUAUGGUUGCCUAGAUUGGUUCUCAAUUAGAGGCAGGUGUUUAUCGUCGUCUCUGAUUGGGAACCAUAUUUAGGCAGCCAUCCUCUUUGGGUAUUUCGUGCGUUAUUGUCUGUGUAGUUGCAUGUGUCAACACACGGUAUCAUAGCGUCACGUUCGUUUUGUUUAAGUGUUCUCCAUUCAAUAAAGAAGAAUGUAUUCUAACCACGCUGCGCUUUAGUUCCCUCCAUACGAUCGUGACACGGGCAUUCUAAUUUUGCUCUAUUAUAGUGGCCACUCUAGUAGACAUCGAGUAAGUGCUCAAGGCCACAUGUGUGUGACAAUGUAAAAAUGUAGUUUCCAUCAACCUCGCGCGCAAUGUAGAUAUCAAAGAACGCUCAGUUCGCGGGUAGAGUAGUGGGUGAAACCAUUUAUCUUAUCUUUCCGUUAAUGUAUUUAAGACCUAUUUCGGCAAGUUAACCAAGUUGAUGCUGGCUUAGCUAGCCAUGUUAAUAACGAGCUAACUAGCGCCGUCGGUCACUGCACUGCAAUGUGUGAGGUUCUGUGUUAUACACUAUAGCCCGUUACCAUAUCAUAUGUGAUGGAAUUUUAUUUGCUGUUGGCUUGUUUGGGUGUAUGUGUUAUGCAACAUAGCUGACUUGAGACAUUGUUAACAGUUUCAGGGCCAUGGACCUUUCUCAUGAUGGAAAAUUACAGAAUAACAUGAAGGCAGGAACUGUGCAUUGAGUUGUGGGGGCACAUUCAGAACGUAGUGUUGCGAGAACAAACGGUAUUUUGUUAGAUAACAGGAGCCAGGUGUGUGAUAACUGUAUCAAGCAUGAGCGCAUAGAUAUUCUACAAAACUACGACGACUGACCGCUGAAGCGCCUAGGGGGCUGGGACCAGCUCGGGCGCCAACAAUCAACGAUAGCCUGAGUGAGUUUAAACCACGCCCAGUCUCUACUCUGACAGGCCGGCUCGGAAGCAGGAACUACUUCUGUCAGAGUAUAUUAUAAUAACUUUGUCAGGAACAAGUCAGUUCUCUGUUUGCCCUGCGAGGUGGG